GAAACAAGCGAGGCUCAUCCGUCACGCGAGUCUGCGAUCACGACCGAGAGGAGCGAGACAAGCAAGAUGGCGGCGCAGGAGACCGGAGCGACUCAGCAACCUACCAUGAGCAACGGCGAGGUGAGCAGUAAUGGGUCUGCAGGGGGUGACCAAGCUGUUCAGACCGCUGGAACCACGCAGCAAGCUCAGCCACAACAGCAACAACAGCCGCCUCCCAAUGCUUGGCAGGUCAUCAAGGGAGUACUGUUCAGGAUCUUCAUUAUCUGGGCCAUCAGCAGCUGGUUCCGCAGGGGUCCAUCCACACCAGACCAGACGACCCCAGCUGGUGCUCCAAGGGUCCCUAGCCGCAACCUCUUUCCUAAGGACACUCUCAUGGACCUCCAUGUAUACAUCUCUCAAAAUGAAGUGUUUUCGGACUUCAACAAUACAGAGGUUCUGUUCUGGAGUCAGCGGGAUCUGAUGUACGGGGACUGGACCACAGGAGAGGCUGGGGAUGGCUGCUACGAAAACUAUGGAGAGCUGGACAUUCCUGAGAAAGUACAGCAGAAUGGCUCCCUGUACAUCCAUGUCUACUUCACCAAAAGUGGGUUUCACCCAGACCCGAAGCGCAAGGGCCAAUACCGACGUCUUGCCACAGUUCAUACUUCUCGAAUGCUAAACAAAUACAAGCGGAGGAAAUUCCAAAAGACCAAGAACCUUUUGACUGGAGAAACAGAGGCAGACCCUGAAAUGAUCAAGCGUGCGGAGAGCCAUGGCCCCGUGGAGGUCAUCUCUCACUGGCACCCUAACCUCACUAUCAACAUGGUGGAUGACCACACAGCGUGGGUGAAAGGCUCUGUUCCUCCACCCCUUGACCAGUAUGUGAAAUUUGACACAGUGAGUGGGGACUACUACCCCAUAGUGUACUUCAAUGACUACUGGAAUCUACAGAAGGACUACUUCCCUGUCAAUGAGACACUGGAAAAGCUGCCAUUACGCCUCACAUACUGCCCGCUGUCACUGUGGCGCUGGCAGCUUUACGCUGCUCAGAGCACCAAGUCGCCCUGGAACUUUCUUGGGGAGGACACGUAUGAGCAGUCUGAUGAAGACCAGGACUCCGUCAAGGUGGCCCUGCUGGAGACCAAUCCCUACCUGCUGGGUCUCACCAUUGUGGUGUCCAUUGUACACAGCAUUUUUGAGUUCUUGGCUUUCAAAAAUGAUAUCCAGUUCUGGAAUAGCAGACAGUCCCUGGAGGGGCUCUCUGUGCGGUCCAUCUUCUUUGGGGUCUUCCAGUCCCUUGUGGUACUGCUCUAUAUCCUGGACAAUGAGACCAACUUUGUGGUGCAAGUCAGUGUCUUCAUUGGGCUGCUUAUUGAUUUCUGGAAGAUAACCAAAGUUGUGGAUGUGAAGCUGGACAGAGAAAACAGGCUGGUUGGGAUAUUCCCACGGAUUACUUUCAAAGACAAGUCCACGUACGUCCAGUCCUCCACCAAAAUCUAUGACGACAUGGCAUUUCGGUACCUCUCCUGGCUGCUGUAUCCACUGUUUGGCUGCUAUGCAGUCUAUAGCUUGUUGUACAUGGAGCACAAGGGUUGGUACUCUUGGGUUCUGGGAAUGAUGUACGGCUUCUUGUUGACCUUUGGCUUCAUUACCAUGACCCCGCAACUCUUCAUCAACUACAAGAUGAAGUCGGUGGCCCACCUCCCAUGGAGGAUGCUCACCUACAAAGCCCUCAAUACCUUCAUUGAUGACCUGUUUGCCUUUGUCAUCAAGAUGCCCAUGAUGUACAGAAUAGGCUGCCUCAGAGAUGAUGUAGUGUUCUUCAUUUAUUUGUACCAGCGCUGGAUCUACAGAGUUGACCCCAAUCGUGUCAAUGAGUUUGGCACAAGCGGUGUGGACCACGCCAGGGACAGCUCAGAGCAGGGGGCUGCAGGCAGUGAGGCUGCUGCCAUCACAGACAAACCAGAGGGAGAGAAGAAGAAUGAUUAAUGCACAGCACCCCCACACCCUUUCUGUGUCUUUAUCUGAAAGAUGUUAAAACCAGGCAAAAUUUAUAUUCCAGUACCAGUGAGGGGAGCAGAAGUCACUUUUUUUUUUUCCUCUCUAAUGGACUCUAUAACAAUUUAAAUCUUUUUUCAUUUUGAUGAAAUCUGCAGCUCUGAUCAUAUUUAAUUGUAGACUGUUUUUUUAUUUUUGUUAUUUUGCAGUUCAAGUGAAGUAAAUGUAACGUACUGUAUUAUGUAUUUUGAAAUCGUAAUAUUGGCGUUUUUUUUUUUUUUUUUUUUUUUUUUUAAUGUUGGGUGUGCGUGUGCGUGCAUGUGUAGUCUGUGGGAAAAGGGUUUGGUGUGGUAGAGGAAAGGGUUGGGGGAGGAGUCCAGUACAUAUCUCUGUGCUGUAUUUUUUAACAUACAGACAAAAGAGAAUAGAGGUGGUUGUGUUUUGGCUGGAUAUCUUAUGGCUUUCCAUUCCGUGUGGGAGUGACAGUUUUGGGGACACCUGAUUUUACAGAUGUGGCUGAUGCAGUUCACUGAGCAGAAACAUGAAGGCGGACACUGUCCAGAUAGUACCUGAAAAAUGACUACACAAUUUUUUUUUUUUUUUUUUUU